GGCAGAUGCCAGGCUAGCCCAUGGGGCUACCAGAGGAAUGAGACCCAGCCCUGCCCCCAGACCUGCAGAUGCGUGAACAAGAUGGCCACAUAAACAAAACUGUAAAGCAAGUGGAAUUCGGGAAUAAAAUCCCAGCACAAUGCUUCUCAACGGGGACACUGAUCCAACUGCAGAUGAGACAGCAGACAAGUCUCUCAGGUGUUCGCUACCAGAAUUUUAUGCAUUUCUUGAGAAUUUUAAUAAGGAGAGCAAGAACUCGACUCUCAAAAAAACGCAUGGUAUUUCACCUAGUGAAGCACAGAAAAUGCUUUGUCAAAAUCUGAAUACCAUGUCAUUACCCAGGGGAACUGCUGUGAGGGAACAAGACCUCUGGUCUAUUUUCAUGUGCACGGUGGUUAGAAAAGAAGAAGAGAAACCAGAAUCGAUGACUGAACUACUAUACCAAAGCUUGUUGACCAUCCCGCCCUCUCCAGUGGAAGGACUCUCCAAAUCCCAACAGAGGCUCUUGAAGUGUGGAAUUCCUCCUCCUGCACACACUUUUCCUUAUGAGAUUCUCAUCGAUCACUCUAGCACCUCAUCACCACCCCCCACAGAGAAGACUCAGGGAAUUAACAUAUUACACAGGCUGGGCAUUUCCAGGAUCAUGCCAAAAAAUUUUAUCUUUGAACACAGAAUUGCUAAGUACCGCUUAAUCGAUCCAGAAAAGCAAUUCAUGGAUCUAAGGGAUCUUGAAUGGAGAUAUUACAAGGGGAUCGUGAAGUGGAAGCGCAGUACUUUAGAUUCAUUCAUAAAUAUAAAGUACGACAGUGAGAAGAGGUUUGUUGAGAGCCAGGGGAUGCCUGGUGUUAUUUCCCCCCCUCUAGUUUAUAGGUCUUUAGUCAUUUAUCCUCAGGUUGAUUAUCCAAAAAAUACAACUUCUUCUUAAAUAAAACAUGUAGCUUAUUAAAAUA